AUGGAUUAUGCGCAAGUCGCUUCCUUAGCAGUGAUUGCGUUCCUCUGUAUAUUACUAUUCUUCAUAUUCAGAAGUAAUUUGAAAAUUGUAUUGCUCCUGGUAGCAAUAACAGAACUAUUUUCUGUAUUGGCCGGGGGCUUUUGGAACACUGCUGUUGUUAAUCUGGCUCUGCUUUUCGUUAGCUUCCUGAAACGACUUUGA